GAUCCAGAUGAAGAGAAGGAACCAGAAUCUAGUGAUGAUUAUGAGGGAGAAGAAGAUGAUGACAGUGAGCUGGAGGAGGAGGAUGAAGAGGAUAUGAAUGAGGAAGAUUUUGAUGUGGAGGAGGAUGACACGGGUGAUAGAGCAAGAAAUGCUUUACGCAAGGUGACCUUUGACGUCCCUGACGAUGACAGUGAGGGGGAGGAUGUGGAAGCUAUUCUAGGUGGAAAAGCCAAAAACAUGCCUAAACCGGAGUCCAAGUCAUCCUUUGAAAAGAGACAGGAAAAGAUGGCAAAAAAGAUUGAAGAACUGGAGAACGCUGCCUUGUCCGAGAAGCCGUGGCAGCUGACAGGAGAGGUGAGCGCUCAGACUCGACCGGAGAACAGCAUGCUGGAAGAGGAUGUGGCGUUUGACCAGGCCUCUAGGAUGGCUCCAGCCAUCACAGAAGAAACUACCUUACAGCUUGAGGAGAUUAUCAAACAGAGAAUCAAAGAUCAGGUGUGGGACGAUGUGGUAAGGAAGGAGAAGCCUAAAGAGGAGGUGUUUGAAUAUAAGAAGAGACUCACUCUGGACCACGAGAAGAGCAAACUGAGUCUGGCUGAGGUUUAUGAGCAGGAGUAUAUCAAACAGACACAGGAAAAGAAGGAAGAGGAAGAGAACCCAGCGCAUAUAGAAAUCCAGAAACUCAUGGACACACUCUUCCUUAAACUGGAUGCGCUAUCAAACUUCCACUUCACACCAAAACCACAUAUUCCUGAAGUGAAAGUGGUGUCCAACUUGCCUUCUAUAACUAUGGAGGAAGUGGCUCCAGUCAACGCCAGUGACGCCACACUGCUGGCUCCAGAGGAGAUUAAGGAGAAGAAUAAGGCAGGAGACGUACUCGGAGACACCGAGAAAACCACUACAGAUAAAAAACGAGAGAGACGCAAGAAGAAGAAACUGAAGCGUCUGAAGAUUCAAGAGCGGGAGAAGAGACAGAAAGUCAAAGAGGCGAUGAAAGGAGGAGACAAGAAGAAGAGUAAAGCUGAGGUUGAACAGACUCUCAAGAAACUUACUAAAGGAGGAAAAGCCAAAAUACUGACGAAUGAUGGCAUGGAUAAGGCCCUGCGUUCCUCUCAAGCCUUCUUCUCCCAGUUACAAGACCAUGUCAAGAGCCAAAUCAAGGGCUCAAAGGGCCAGACAGCAAAGAAGAAGAAACAAAAAGAGAUUUCUGUAAACAAGCUUAAGUUGUAAUGUUGACUUGUGUCAUAAGCAAUAUGUACAGUUAUUAGUUUUAAGAGAAAUCUAAUUGUAUCCUGUCAUUUUUUUUUUUUAAUUAAAAUACAGAUUUCUUUUUCCUGUA